CAAGCGAGAAAAUGAGCGAAGUACUUGCUCGGCCGACGCUUACAACUCACGAAAUAUGUGAAAAUUUACAAACGAAAAUUUAUUAGACCACCUGGUAAUUAGGCAUAGGGAAAUUCAUCCAUCAUGGGGGACAAGGUUUUAUACAAAUUAGAUCAGCCACAUGGCUCUGGCAGUGUUUUUAUGUCAUGGCGACCUGGAAACAGUACCCAUUUGGCAACAACUGGCUGCGACUCUUCCGUUGCUAUUUUCGAUCGUCAAGGAGAAAUUCAGGAAAGAAUACACAUAACGGGGUUGUGUACAGGCUUUGGCUGGGAUUCCGAUGGAGAUAUCUUAGCUAUCAUUACUAAUAAUUCCUCAACCAUUACCCUCUGGGAUGCAACAACCGGCAAGAAAUCUCAAGUCGACGCUGGUGUCAGAGAUGGCCUCACAUGCUUAAUGUGGUCUAGAAACAAUUGCAUUCUAGCCGUAGGGACUCAGAAAGGAAAUCUUGCUCUAUAUGAUCAUCUUAACGCAAAACGAGUACCGAUUUUAGGCAAACAUAAAAAGAAAAUUAUUUGUGGCGCCUGGUCAAAUGAAGGACUUCUCGCGCUGGCGGGAGAAGACAGAGUUCUAACUGUGAGCACCGGUGACGGUGACACUCGCAGAGAAAUUCCUCUGCAAGGAGAUCCUUAUGAUAUACAAUUCAGUGAAAUGAAAAUGGAUCAACGUGCAGGAGGCGAGAGUACGGUUUCUCUCAUUGUCAGCAAAACUACCUUGUUUCUUUACAAUAUUCUCGAUCCUGAUAAUCCUAUAGAACUAGCAUUCCAGAAAAGAUAUGGACCUAUUGUCACAUAUAAGUGGUACGGCGAUGGCUACAUCUUGGUGGGAUUCGAAGCAGGUUAUUUCAUCUCAAUUUCGACGCAUAUAAAGGAAGUUGGGCAAGAACUGUUUCAAGUGAAAAAUCAUCGGGACUCGCUGAAUGACAUCGCUCUCAGUCCCUCAACAGGAAAAGUAGCAACUUGUGGUGAUAAUGCAUUAAAAAUUCACAGUAUAACGAAUUUGGAAGAAACGGAAAAAGUGAUAACGGUAAGCGGCGAGGCUGGUGUUAACAGCAUCGAAUGGUCUGCCGACGGAACGAUGAUCGCCGCUAUAACGCACAGCGGCAAUAUUCUCAUUUAUCUCGCUGAAAUACCCAAACUUAUAAGUGUUUGCGGAAACAGAAUUGCCCUUCUUUCCAGCUUGACUGAAGUUAUCGUCCAUCUUUAUACUCUUGAUAAAGAAAAACCCGAGCCGCAUGUGAUAAACACGAUAAUCGAGCCAUCGAUCUUAGCAGUCGGUCCAAUUCACGUGGGAGUGGCAUUGAACAAUCGUGCACUGUAUUGGGAAUUGUCAAACGAAAAAUACGACACUUCAGUGCAUUUUGAACGUGAUUAUUUGGCGACGGUCGACAGUAUAAAAUUAAACGAAAUCUAUGCAGCUGUUUUGUUUGACGGCAAAAUGCAAUUGCAUACAAUAAAAGUCGAUCAAGAAUUGGUGAAAGAAAAAAAGGACACAAAAAUCUUUCCUGAUGGAAGUACUUCCGACGGAAAAAUAACCUGUCAUGCUUUAUCUUCAGAUUUCGUUGUAUACGGCACUGAUAUGGGAAGAAUAGCAUAUUUUUAUCUCGAAGUUUUCAAUCAUGCAACCGAGUAUACCCAUUCGAAUGGAAUAAAAAAUAUAUAUUUGGAUGCUAACGGAACUCGACUUUGUUUCGUGGAUGAGAAACUCGAUCUUUACAUCCACGAUCCGAUAAACGAGAGCGUUAUACCAGUACCUGAGUGUCCCGAUGCGAUGCAGGGUGUUAUCUGGGAUCAAAAUAUUUAUGAGCGGUCGAUUUUCGCUGUUUACAACAAAACUUCCAUAGUUACUUACGUUUUUGUCAAGUAUCACAUCGAUGGGACCAAAGUUCUCAAAAUCAGCUCAACAAAAUUACCGUCCGAAUCGAUUCCUGUUCUCAUGUACUCCGGUGAGAUAACACUGGGUACAGCCGGUGGAAAAUUAAUAAAAAUAACUCUUACGUCUCACGAAGAAGUCGGCAACAUUGUUGAAAAUAAAAAAGUUGUAGAAAUAUUUGAGAACCAAAUAUUAUGUCGCAGAUUUGAUCGAGCUUGGAGCACUUGCGAGUUACUCGACGGCAAAGAUUACUGGACGAAGUUGGGAAAAAGUGCGAUGGCUUGUCUCAACGUGGAGUUCGCCAUUAGAGUUUUUCGAAGAAUCGAAGAUGCAUCAAUGGUUUGGGCGCUUGAGAAACUUCAAAAUAUCGAAGAGUUGGCCCUCUUGUCCGGACACAUUUGCACUUUAUUGGAGGAGUACAAUAAAGCCGAAAAUUUUUUCCUCCAAUCAUCGCAACCGGUCGAGGCCCUUUAUCUCCGUCGCGAUUUGAUGCAAUGGGAACAAGCGUUAAACUUGGCCCAAAAGUUAAAACCCGAGGAAAUACCUUUCAUAGCAAGAGAAUACGCUCAACAACUGGAAUUCACAGGGAAUUAUCCGAAAGCCUUGGUGAAUUACGAGCGUGGUCUUAUGGAUUCCAAUACGAAUUCAACAACUUCGAGCAUGCAUCAUGCGAAUCAUCGGAAUCAAUGUCUUGCUGGGAUUGCAAGAACUUCGAUAAGAUGCGGCGAUAGCCGACGCGGCGUUGGAAUUGCGCUUGAACACGAUAGUCCCAGAUCGUUGCGCAAAGAAUGUGCUGAGAUUUUAGAAAUUAUGAAACAAUUUAACGAGGCGGCGAUGCUAUACGAGAAAGCCGAGUAUUUCGACAAAGCAGCUUCGGCUUACAUAAAACUGAAGAAUUGGAGCAAGGUUGGUCAAUUAUUGCCACAGAUCUCCUCUCCGAAGAUAAAUAUUCAAUAUGCAAAAGCGAAAGAAGCGGAAGGAAAAUACGAAGAAGCAGCUAGAGCAUACGAGACUGCUAAAGAUUACGACAACAUUAUUAGAAUAAAUUUAGAACAUCUCAAUAAUCCAGCAAGAAGCGUCGAAAUCGUACAACAAACAAAAAGCAUAGAAGGGGCCAAACUGGUUGCAAGAUUUUUUCAAAAAAUGAACGAUUACAAUUCGGCAAUUAAAUUUUUAAUCCUAUCAAAUUGUCAUGACGAGGCUUUUCAACUUGCAAACCAACACGGCAAGAUGGAACUUUAUGGUGAAAUUCUGGUUAACACACUGGAUGAUGAUAACAUACGAGAUGAAGAUUUUCGGAGUCUCGCCAUUCAUUUCGAAGCUCAAAAAAAUAGUCUUUUGGCUGGUAAAUACUAUUUCCACGCGAAAGAGUAUCACAAGGCGUUAAGACACCUGUUGAAAGCUGCGCAUUUGGCAGCCGACGAUGAUGUCGCGUUGACAAUCGCCAUUGAUACGGUGGCAUCUUCAAAAGAUGACAAACUCGCUAAUCAAUUGAUCGAUUUUCUCCUCGGCGGUGACGGUCUACCAAAAGAUCCAAAAUAUCUGUUCCGACUGUAUAUGGCAAGAAAACAAUAUCGGGAAGCUGCCAAAACUGCUAUUAUUAUAGCAAAUGAAGAACAAAUCAACGGUAAUUAUCGGAAUGCUCACGACGUUUUAUUCGGAAUGUACACAGAGUUGAAACGCAACAAAAUAACGAUACCUCUAGAAAUGAAGAACAAUUUACGCCUAUUGCAUUCUUACAUCCUUGUGCGAUUGCACGUUAAGCGUAACGAUCACUUGAGGGGCGCUAGGAUGUUGAUACGGGUUGCAAAUAAUAUCUCAAAGUUUCCAUCGCAUAUCGUGCCAAUUCUGACGUCUACCGUGAUCGAAUGUCAACGCGCUGGACUAAAGCACGCGGCAUUCAAUUUCGCUGCUAUGUUAAUGCGUCCGGAAUACAGAAGCCAGGUGGAUGCGAAAUACAGCAAAAAGAUUGAAGCUAUCGUGCGAAAACCACCAAGAACGAGAGAUCACGAGAUCGAGGAUGAACCUUUGACUCCUUGUCCUUAUUGCAAAAGUCGACUCAACGAAACAGAAAUAACUUGCGACAAAUGCAAAAAUACCAUACCAUUUUGUAUUGCAACUGGUCGUCACAUUAUCGAAGAAGAUUUCUCGGUUUGCCCAGAAUGCGAUUUUCCAGCAAUCAGAAGUGAACUUGUUCGAAUAAUCGAGACCGAAGGAAUUUGUCCAAUGUGCAACGAACGAGUUGAUCCAAAGUCGGUGCCGCACGAUGCAAAUAUUCGUUUACAUCUGGAGCUUCAAAACGUCAAAAGGAAAUCCGAUGUAUAGGCAAUGUAUUGACCACCUUUCUUCUAAUCGAGUGUACUUAAGCAAGAUAUAGCCAUGCGAGAACUGCGUUCGCAUAUAUGUAAAAAAAAAAAACAAACAAACAAGUUCAUCCAUGCGUGCAUAAGAAACUCAAGUCAUUGUCGUCCAAUGAAGAAUACCAAACUUGAUGUACGCGAACUUGGCACGUAUUUUUUAGAAAUGAUCUCUGAGCCGAGAAAUCAGAUGUAUCGUUAAUAUUUUCUGUGUUUUCAAACGUAAAAAAAGGCGAGUGAAGUCUUGAAACGUAGUUGCAUCGAAUCCGUCCCACAUACGCACGAAAAUGUACAAUUCAUUAUUCUGAUAACUGAAAUAUUUUUCACACUUAAAAUGGACUACAAUGGAAAAUAUCUUUGUGUAAAUCUAAAUACAUGACUUUAAAUGUAUUUUUGUGAACAUUUUUAUGAAUAAUUCAAUAUACGAAUGAAAAAUAUUCAUCUCCUUUUUAUCAUUGGUAUACGUCGGUAAAGGGGACUUGAAAAAAAAAAAAUGUUGGAAACAAAAGAUGAAGACAUGAAUAAAACGCAAUAGACGCCCAAGUCGAUCCAGAAUCCGAAAGGAUUCGUGUAUAGUACCAGAUAUCAUGUAGAGCACUAUAUCAGAUAAUAAAUAUAACACGAGUCACGUGUGAACUCCAUUACAAAUAUAUUUGUAAAGUUCUUCGGUUGUAUUGAAUUGAUGACGGCGCCGGCGCAUUCCAUUCAUCACACGCGCUUAUUAUGGAAUAAACUAAGGCCACGAUGACGAUUGCGUUAUCAAACGUCACGCGGCAUGACUUGUAAAGUCAAUGCAUCAAUAAUUUUGAUAAACGAAAAUCACCUCUCGCGGUAUACACAUUAUACACUCUUACGUUCGCUAGUACUAUGUACACGUCAAAAGUUGUUGCUCAUAUGUUCUUUUCAUACGAAUAAACGAGCAAAGAUAGUAA